CUUAUGCCGUUCCAAACGCUGGCGCACUUCAUACCUUGCGGCUGCUUCGUCGCACCACAUCCUGCAGCACGGUUGACCUGGACAUGUGCCCCCAUAUUUCGUCCUGUGGCUUGUUCUUGGGCAGGUCACUCUGCCGGCAGGUCCGCCUGCCCAAAGCUUGUUAUGCCUUGCGCUCUGAAGCCGCGUGCGCAGAUACGGCCGCGUGUUACUGGCAUGAUGGACUAGGCGCCUGCUGGGGCCACGAUGGGCUUUGUACCUCGGGUUCAGAGUGUGCUUCGCAGAUGUGUCCACUCGCCACUCUCAGCGAUGAUACUGUCCGUGCAGCUACAGUCCUAAGACUACCAACCACCAAUCGCAGCAUGUUUCUGUCCAGCAGUACUUCGGGUACAGGCUUUAUUAAGGUGGCUGCACCCAGUCCCACAACGGCAGGUUUGAUGAACGAAUACCCACUCAUUGCUCCGGACGAGGUGUAUCGUAUAGAUGAGCUUCAGCUUUCUAGCACCGAUUACUCCUACAGCUGCGAGUGUCAAGUAUACCCGCUCUCUCUUGUUCGAGUUGGUUAUUCCUCCGUCCAAGUGCAGCUCAUGGACGCGACCGCAAGUGACACUUCCGAUAAUAUUAGCAUUGCUCAAAUCAAGAACGGUGCCAUUACCCCCUUCAACACCGUGACUCGUGUCAACAGUUCAGUGUUUAGCAUCACCGGACUACAAAGCAAUGCCAUCUACACGCUGCUGGCCAAAUCUGACAGCUGUCCCGAUUCAAGUGUUGUUGUUGACCAUGCCGCUGGAGCUACCAUCCAGGUGCAGACGCUUGCCUCAAGCUUUCUUGGAUCGAGUGUCCAGCCCGGCUUUGUGCUCUCCGAUGGGCGCUAUCUGGCCUUUGCUGUCGUGACUUGGCGAGGUGAGCCUAGUGCCCUAAGCGUUCUGCCUGCCUCGGGCGCCGCCCUUCUCGAUCAAGUCAACAUGUCCGUGGCCGCAACUGCCAACGCGAGCAGCCUGCUCAUGACCGGCGUCGGCGAGCCCAUCCCAUCCUCGAGCGCCAACAACGAGCUCGCGAGCGUGGGCAGUACGCUCGUUUCAGCAGCCAGCAGCACCACAUCGCGAGUAGGCAGUACGCAGCUGCUGCUUUUGGCCCUCGAUGCCACGUUCACUGGGAUCGUGGUCACUCUGACCAGCGACUUUGGUCAUGAGCUUGUCUUGGACGUCUCUACACUUUUGUCACGCCCCACCAAUCUGGUUACCCCGCCUGCCAUUCGGGUAGUUUCAGAGGACGGUGUUUCCGCAACCGUGGCAUGGACGCACGACGCCGAGCAGCCUACAAAUAUGUAUCGUGUCCAGGCUCACUUGAGCCAGACUGCACUUCCUUCCAGCAUGCUCACCACGCAGGCUACAGGGCUCAGCUCUCAGCAGCGGGAGCUCCUUUCGUUGAGCGCACAGGCGUCGUACCGCAUACAUCUGUAUCGAACCCACUCUCUGAGCACGUCGUGCCACCCUGCAUUUGCCACGGCGCACUUUCAAGCCGACAAACUUGUUCAGUGCACAGCCACCAGCGUUGAUGGGGGCGACGCCGUUGUUGGGUUGUGGACCACCAAUGCCACGAGCUGGGUUGGCUUGGACACAAGUCCCAUCCCGUUUCCAUACAACUUGUACGUGGUGCCAGAGAUACUGCAGAUCUCCAACACCUCAAUUGUUGGACGCAUUCAGGUGGAUGAGGCGUUGCCAGUCAAUACGCGUUUUCGCAUUCGAAUCACGCCCUUUGAAGGCGAGUCUGAUGCACUGUUCAGCUAUCAAAUUGCCACUGAUCCCUUGGCAGAGGGAAACCAGCAAUUUCGCUUCACCGUCACCAACUUGGUCCCAGCAACGACGUACGACUUGGACGUGGCGCUUGAGAAUGAGGCUGGUCUGGGCUUUCCCAGCAAUUCGUCAACCAAUUUUACGACCAGCGCAGGCUUGCCCAAUGCACCCGUCAUCACCCAACGCGAGCUGACGUCCUCGAGUGCGCGUGUGCAGUGGGCCUACGAUGGCAUCAUCGACGAGUUUGAGGUGGUUCUGCGCAUGGUUGGGACUGACAGCGAAGUUCGAACUGCCUUGGCGGGUACAGCACGCCUGGCUGAGUUCUCAGAUCUGUCCACGGGUGCCAGUUACGAGUUAUCUGUUCUGGCCUUUAAUCAUGUGGGCUCUACCUCAAGCAACGUCAUGUAUAUAAACCUGCCCGUGCGCAGUGCCUCGCAGUCUCUGACCGAGGGCCUCUCCAAGACCGUGGUUGCGGGUGUGACCUCGGCCAUCUUGUUGAUCAUUGUCAUUCUGCUGGCCUUUUGUAUCAUCCGUGGCAAUCGCCAACGGCGCUACAACGAGCAGCUGGAACAGCAGCUUCGUUCCAUGAAGCUCGGUGUGGAAGAGCUUACAGUCAAGGUGCGCGACAUGUUCUCACGUGAGUUUGCCGAGACCAUUGGUGCCGAUGGUGAGGCCCGAGAGCGCGAGUUUGCUCUGCUGGAGCUCGAUCGUGCGCGUCUCAAGCUUGGCAAGGAGCUCGGCAAGGGUGCCUUUGGUAUCGUCUGCGUCGCCGACCUGCAGCGCCCUGACGGUCGUUCCCAGACUGUGGCCGUCAAGGCGUUGUUGGACGGCGUGUCGCAAACGGAGUUGGAGAAGUUUUUGAUGGAGGCCCGCCUGAUGAGUUUGUUGCACCAUGAAAGCUUGCUCGAACUCGUGGCUGUCUGCACCAAGGAAACACCCUUUUACAUUGUGACCGAAAUCAUGCCCAAGGGUGAUUUGAAACAGUACUUGCGAGACUGCCGUCCGACCGCCGAGGAACCGCGUGACCAGCUCACAAACGAAGACCUCACGUCCAUGGUCGUGCAAAUUUCAAAUGCCAUGCGCUAUCUUGAAGAAAUGAAAGUGAUCCAUCGUGAUCUGGCAGCUCGUAACAUUUUGGUCGCUGAAAACAACGUGGUCAAGUUGGCUGAUUUUGGUAUGAGUCGUAACAUUUACGAGGCCGAUUACUACAAGAAGCAGUCGGACGAUCGCGUUCCUGUCAAGUGGAUGGCGCCAGAGUCGGUCAACGAUCGCAUCUACACAAAUCUGUCCGACGUGUGGAGUUUUGGCAUCUUGUGCUGGGAGGUGUACAGCUAUGCUCGUGCCCCCUACGCCGAGUACACGGCCAUGGAGGCAGUGGCAGCUAUUGCGGCGGGCUAUCGUUUGCCCAAGCCAGAUGCAUGCCCGGAUGCGAUGUACGAUAUCAUGAUGCGAUGCUGGAUGUAUGUGCCAGCCAACCGGCCUGACUUUGUCGAGUUGGUGGAGGAGGUGCAGUUCUUUGUUCGCACUGGCACGGUCCGCACGCCGUACAAAGAGCCGGAGGUGGACCUGGCAUCGAGUGGCACCACGUUCAAUGAUGCAGGCUAUGCUCAAGAAGAUUCCGUCAACUUUGAUGAGUCAAACAACGCUUUGAGCAUGGGAGGCGACGGCUAUCUGCAAGAAUCAAGCGUAACCUCGUCCAAUGCCACUCGCCUUACCGAUAACGGCUAUGUGCUUGAGUCCGAGGCGCUCGCACCGGCUGCAGAGACCACGCGCGUAUCCCUCGUGAACAGCUCGUAUUCAUCCGACGCCCCAGCCCGCCCACCCAAGCCGGGCCACAUGAAUGGGGCCUCUGAUGGCCACGAUAGCAGCUAUGUGCGUGACGGUGCACGUCUGCCUGGUCGGCGCGCGCCUGGUGAAGGUAACUACAUCUUGGAGAUGAUGCCUUCCCAUGCUUCCAGUCGUGCAGCUCUGCCCGGUCGCAAAAACUAUGUGGAGGACCGAGGCGGGCAAACUGGGGCUGGGGCGCCCAACAAUGGCUACAUGCAGUUGUUGCCUCAUGAAGCGCAGGCUGUACACCGCGGUCCAGCACAUGUCUCGCCGUAUAAUCAGCUGCCGGCAGAUCACGUGUCUCAACCUCAGGCUUACGACCAUCCGCCACCCCGCAACUAUGCCAACCCCUACCUGAACCCUUACUUGACUGGACACGCUACGCCUGUUCACGGUGGUGGGCGCAGUGCCCUUCCGGGCCGGCGGCCGCAGCAGCAGCAGCAACAACAAGCUUGGAGGUAG